AUGGCGGAUGCAGCCCAACAAGCCGGUAACUCAUCCGGCGUCACUGCUGAGUCCAUAAAGGAGACCCUGAUAGCGAAAUUGGGUGCGCAGCAUGUGGAAAUCCAGGAUUUGUCAGGCGGUUGUGGUCAAGCCUUUCAAGCUGUAAUCGUCUCUCCGCAAUUCGAUAAGAAAACUAUGCUCGCUCGACACCGAUUGGUGAACUCGGCUUUGAAAGCAGAGAUUGCUGCGAUCCAUGCCUGGACACCAAAAUGUUAUACCCCGGAACAGUGGGAGCAGUUAAAACAACAAUGA